AUGAUGGUAGACAAAGCUAUGCUAGAUGAUACUGGUGCAGCUCAUUUUCCUCUUGAACAUGCCCAUGGAACUAUGCUUCUCAUGGAUGAACCUCCACCUACAUAUGAAGAUCCGAAGAUCGACUUUAGCAGUGGAUGGAAAGAUCGUAUCUUUGCUAUCAUCUUUUACAUUCAUGUAAUUGGUGUAAUCAUUGUUGGAUUAGUAUUAGGCUUACCGGCCUNAAAUUUGACCGAAAAUAUUAUGGAGAAGAAGGCUAUGUUAGAUGAUACUGGUGCCGUCCAUAUACCUCUUGAACCUGCCCAUGGAGCCACGCUACUCAUAGAUGAACCUCCACCUGCAUAUGAAAAUCCGAAGAUCGACUUUAGCAGUGGAUGGAAAGAUCGUGUCUUUGCUAUCCUCUUUUACAUUCAUGUAAUUGGUGUAAUCAUUGUCGGAUUAGUAUUAGGCUUACCGGCCUUAAUUGCAUCGAUCAAGGAAAAUUCAUGGAAUCAACUCAAGGCAAAUUUAUCUAAUCAAAUCAAGGCUAACUCAUCCAAUCAAGUGACGGAAAAAUCAUUCGAUAUCAACGUUAAGAUAUUCCUGUUUGCAUUGGGUACUGCAGCAGGUCUAGGCAUACUUGUAUCGUUUCUUACUUUCUUUCUUCUACAACAAUGUGCUGGUCGAAUUAUCAAAGCUUCAUUUAUUAUAACGCGAAUUCCAUUUGCUGAAGCCCAUUUAGGAGCAGGCUGUGCUGUAUUACGUAGUCAUCCUUCAUUGCUAUUAAUCGCCUUCAUCAUGCUCAUCGUUGAAUUGUUAUGGUUCGUCCUCUGGUUUCUUAUGGUAUUAGGUAUUCAACGUGCUUCAAACAAUACGAUUUUAAUUUUUAAUACUAAUACAACAACGAAUGUAAAUAAUGGAACAAAAUUUAAUAUGAUCAACACAAAGUCCACACCGAUCUAUACAGUUCCUCCUAUGACCACUAGAAUGCAGAAAUUCACCGAUACAGCAAGAUAUUCUAUGGAUAAAAACUCAAAAUCGAUCAAUAGCACAAAGAAGAGAAUAAAUGAUGAGAUUCAAUGGUUCAAUGCUACAGAUGAUUCGACAUCUUCUAAACAGGGACAAUCACAUCGUAUUGUUUCUUAUAUCAUUUUAUUUCUUGUAUUAUUAUCAUGGUAUUGGGGCGCAACAACCUUUGGAAAUAUAACUAAUUUCGUUACGGCAUGUGCUGUUGGCCAUUGGUGGUUUACUGGUGAAGGCAGUCGACAGUAUACCAUUGGAGCAAGUGUUAGGCGAGCAUUUACUACUAAUUUUGGAACCAUCUGCCUCGGUUCUCUUCUUGAGGCUAUUAUCAAAGCUCUACGCUCUUGUGUAGGUAAAGAUCGUCGCAAGAAUAUCAUUGCUACUAUUGCUGAUUGUAUUCUUCAAUUACUUGAAAAACUUAUCGGUUAUCUCAAUGAAUGGGCAUUUAUUUAUUCAGCACUUACUGGUCAAACAUUUGUUCAAGCUGGUCGAAGUUUUAUUGAGUUGUUUAAAAAGCGUGGUUGGACAGCAAUUAUCAACGAUGUGCUCGUGGGAACUACCAUGAUGAUUGUCAAUAUUGCUAUAGGCCUCACUUCCUCUAUAGCUGGCGGUCUCUUAAUCUACUUUUUUAUGUCGGAUUCACCAGAGAAAAUUAUAACGAUUAUUAUUGCAUCUAUCAUCAGCUUUAUUAUUAGUGUAUUGAUGAGUGCAGUUAUGGCAUCAAUUUUAAGUUCGUGUGUUCGUACAAUAUUCGUCUGCUUUGCUCUGAAUCCGGCAGCACUCGGUGCAACCCAUCCUGAUCAUCUACAAGCUUUAACCAAUGCUUGGAACAAAUUUUAUCCGCAGGAAUUUGCCACUAGUGGCUAUGCUCAACAUUUACCGAAGCCAACUAUGUCAAAAGACCUUUGA